UAACGCGUGCGUCCCAAACACAACUCAGACCAAAGUAGUUGAGCCGAAGCAAAAGUAAGCUGUCCCAGGCUUGUGAGCCGAUCACUGAUUAUCCCACUGAGCAAACAUGGCGGAUGACAAGGAUCCUCUGAAACGGUUGAAAGAUCUGACGCAGCUCAAAAAUCAGUUGGAGGAAAUCCAGAGGCGAGUAGAGAACGAAGUUUCUGUAGGAAUCCCUCCGGGAGGCUCAGUGUUGGGAUCUCCAUUUCUGAAGGGCUUCCUGGCCGGCUAUGUGGUGGCCAAGCUACGCUCCUCUGCUUUCCUGGGAGUGCUGCUGGGAACAAUCACUGGCAUAUACGCAGCACAGAACUAUCAAGUGCCCAACAUCGAAAGGACCAUGAAAGAGUAUAUGAACAGCUUGAAAAAAGGAAAGAAAUAACGUGGCCUGACUGCUAGGCUUGUCAGGGACAUAACGGGCACAAGAGAAAGUAAUACUGUUGCAGCUGCUGGCUCGUCAGUGGCUUGUGACGGAUCCGACUUAAAGAGUUCUGUUUCGACUGGACUAUGGAUGUCAUGAUAUAACUGGAAUUUCAUUGGGGACUCAAACUAAAGGACUUACAUUUUUAUUUGCAUUUUUGUUUCGGGUUAAAUACUGCCUUGUUUUAUUUACGCUUGUAUCCGUUUGAUGUCAACACGAAAUGGAAGACUUUGUGCCAACAAGGUUUUAAUGUUUGGUCCAUCAGAUUUUAUAAUUUGUCUGCUGCCUGGAGCAGGUAUCUAAGCAUGGUACUUUUUGAAUUCGUUGUGUGUAAAAUGCAAAUGUCUCCUACACACUAUUUAUUUCUUUCAAAUUACAUACAGAGAAUAGUGCAUCUAAAUAUUUUAUAAUAUA